GGCCGGUCCGGGCGGGCGGAGGUGCCGGCGGUGCCGGUGCCGGUGCCGCUGCUGCCGCCGCCAUGUACCGGGCCCUGUACAGCUUCCGCUCGGCCGAGCCCAACUCGCUGCCCUUCACUGCCGGAGAGACCUUCCUGCUGCUGGAGCGCAGCAACCAGCACUGGUGGCUCGUCACUCGCGCCGGCUCCGGCGAGACGGGUUACGCGCCGGCCUCCUACCUCCAGCGACUGCAGGUGCUGGAGCAGGAUGUGGUUCUCCAGUCCAUUGAUCGUGCCAUUGAGGCUGUGCACAAUGCGGCCAUGAAGAAUGGGGGGAAAUACAACCUGGAGCAGAGAGAUGUCCUCCAAAAACUUAUCCAUCACCGGAAGGAGACUGUGUCCCGUAAAAGCCACUCUCCCACCCCGCAGGGGACAGUUAUGACUCAGUCCACCAGUGAUCACCACCUGGAUGUGUCCCGGCAGCCCAACGGGGUGUGCCGGACAGGGUACGAGCGACACCACAGCCUUCCCAACACCGAGUUCGAGGACGAGGAUGAAGGUCUCUACCAGAUCCAACCACAGACCCAUCGUGCUGCUCCUGUCACCCCGCCACCUCCAGAGAAGCGCAAGAACACACAGAUUGCUCCCAUUAAAAAUGCUGUUGAAAUUAUGCCUGGGUCAGCUUCUAGUGCCUCCUCUAUAAGCACGACAUCCCUGGAUACCUUGUACACUGCUUCUUCUGUGUCUGAGACCGCUCUCCCRACAGCCACCUCCAGUCCUGCCAACACUCCGCCCCCUGUCCCGAGCCGGAGUGUGCACACCACGAUCACACGCAAUUUGGACAGCGGCUCUGUGACCCAUUCCCGUUAYGGGACUUCCCCAAAGGAUUCCAGCAAAUCUCCCCAGUCCAAGAGGGUUGCACCAGCACCGCCGGCKGAAGGGGGGUCCCACAGGUCCCACAAUGUGGAUGGGGAAAAGACUUCUCAGGUAAAGAAAACUGCCCCAGCACCCCCUGCAAGCCUGGAUGCCUUCAGCAACCUCUGCCUGGAGGAUAAGAAGGCAGCUGGGGUGGAUUCAGAACCYGGUGGCCUGGUGGCCUCUGUGCCCAAGACAAUUGGUGCCGAACUGAUCGAGCUGGUGCGCAGGAACACCCACCUCAGCUAYGAGCUGUCCCGUGUGGCCAUCGGCAUCGUCAUCGGCCACAUCCAGACCUCUGUCCCUGCAACCAGCAGCAUCAUGGAGCAGAUCCUCAUCUCRGUGGUGGAGAGUAAGAACCUGAGUGCUGGGUURCCCUCGGGCCAGAUCUGCCACGAUGAGCAGCGGCUGGAGGUGAUCUUUGCAGAUCUGGCCAGGCACAAGGAUGAUGCUCAGCAGCGCAGCUGGGCACUCUACGAGGAUGAGAAUGUCAUCUGCUGCUACCUGGAGGAACUGCUUCGCAUCCUGACAGAUGCAGACCCAGAAGUUUGCAAGAAAAUGUGCAAGAAGAAUGAUUUUGAAUCUGUCCUGUCCCUUGUGGCAUAUUAUCAGAUGGAACACAGGGUGCCAUUGCGCCUGCUGCUGCUGAAGUGCUUUGGAGCCAUGUGCAACUUGGAUGCUGCUGUCAUCUCGACGCUUGUGAACUCUGUGCUGCCGAUGGAGCUGGCCCGGGACAUGCAGACUCACACACARGAUCAUCAAAAGAUGUGUUACUCUGCACUGGUGCUGGCCAUGAUGUUCUCCAUGGGGGAGCCCCUGCCAUAUCACCACUAUGAACAUCUCAACUCUCAGUUUGUGCAGUUCCUGCUGGAUGUGAUUGAGGAUGGACUGCCCUCAGACACCACUGACCAGCUGCCUGACUUAUUUGUCAACGUCCUUCUGGCCUUCAAUCUCCACAUUCCAGUUCCAGAACACAGUGUGAUCAUGACUACAAUAAGCAAGCACUCCAAUGUCAAGACUUUCACAGAGAAGCUGCUGCUGCUGCUGAACAGAGGAGAUGAUCCAGUUUGCAUCUUCAAGCAUCAGCCUCAGCCACCACACUCAGUGCUGAAGUUUCUGCAGGACAUCUUCGCCAGCAAGGAUACAGCCAGCAUCUUCUAUCACACGGACAUGAUGGUCCUGAUAGACAUCCUGGUGCGGCAGAUUGCUGAUCUCUCCCCUGGAGACAAGCUGAGAAUGGAGUAUCUGUCUCUGAUGCACGCCAUCAUCCGCUCCACRCCCUAUCUGCAGCACCAGCACCGCCUUGCUGACCUGCAGGGAAUCCUGCAGCGCAUCCUGGGCGAGGAGGAGGAGGACCAGCAGUGCCAGAUGGACAAACUGAUCAUCCUGGAGAUUUAUAAGGAGUUCCCAGAAAUCUCUUCUGGUGCCAGCUAAUGCUCCUCAGCUUGGACUGCAGUUUGAACCACUUGGAUCGACUAUUGUCUUUUGUUGACACUUUCUCCCCAUUCCCUCCCAGUACAGCUCAUACCUUAUAUCCCUCUGUGCGAGGCCUAAGGUUGGGACAGCAUUCACCGGCCCUUUGGAAACGCCAGCGGCAGAGAGGGCGUGGGGUGCCCCCAGGGCCUGGUGCCCGGGGCAAGYGGAGCAGGGUGGGCGCUGGCGCAUGGUUUGUCUGCAGGGCUCGGCAGGAGCCAUUUGGGCAGCUGGUGUUAGUGGGAUGGCCAGAGAGCUUGUGGGGGCUUAGCAGCCAGCAUGGGGGGAUGUUUAGCUGCACUGGUGUCCCGAGGUCCUGAAGAGAAAGGCCUUUGCCUUAGAGCAUCACCUUUUUUCCAUGCGCGUCUCUCCCUGCAGUGACCAAGUGGAGUCUGCUGGUGCUUGGAAGAAGCUUUUGUAACAUCUGUUUUGUUUCCUGCUGCUAGUGCCAAUGUGCUGCAGCCCUGCCAAGGGAAAGUAGCUGCUCGCUGUCUAAUGCCUCGUCUAGUGAGCAUUUCACUCCCUCCUGGCCUUCAGCUUUGCCUCUGGGCACCAUCCCACCUUGGGUCAUGGAGGUCUUACCCCAGCAGCUGCUUUUCAAUCUGCUUUCUAUAGUGAUGUUURAAUCUGAAUUUCUUGCACACUGUGGCAGCCUAGAAGUAACAGCCACAUGGGCGACACUGCCCUUGGGAAGCCCUUGGCCCGACACAGCACAAAGACGUGUCCUGCCAAGUGAAGCUGCUGCUUGCCACCUCUGUUGCAGUGUUGCUCUGAGCAGAGGGGCUGCCCUUGGGCAGGCGCUCUGUUCAUGAAGCGUGUGCAUUUCUUGCCUUGAGCUUCAUAAUAGCUCUGCCUCGCUGCCCUCCGCRCCCCCAUGGCAGUGCUCAGAGGCAGUGUGAGCCUGGUGUCCAGUAGCUGUUUGUGACUACGCUAAGUGUGGGGAACCCUUAUUUAUAUUUCCUCUAGGUUUCUAGCAAACUGGAUUAACCUGCUUCCCUGAUCCAGAUAGUCACACACACUAACGUGGGUCUCUUAGAUAUUCGUGUGCGCAGUGUGGUCACUCCCUGUCCCCAGGUCUUCCUUUGCAGUACCCAGUGUAGGAGCUGUUGGAAAGUGAAACUGGAAAUACUAGGCACUGUAUUUACUUUAAUUUCUGUUGAUGUUGUUGUUGGCUUGAGGGGAUGACAUGAGCUCUGCUCUGCAGGCCUUGACUGGCCACUGGGGCAAUGAUGCUUGAGAACAGAGGGGGCUGGACUGGCAGCCAAGGGGGGCAAGGAAGUCAGCCUGGGAAUGCCCAAGCUUAAUAACCACCCUAGUAGAGAAACCUAUUUUUUCCCUGUAAAAAUGUAUGAAUGUCAAAAGGGAUCCUGUAUUUUCUUAAACACUAAGUGUAACCUGCAGAAGAAUAAAAAUGUCUUAAACUGGACUUCUGUGAGCGUAGCCCUGMCUGCCCAAUCCUGUCAUGGGAACACGAAUGCAGCAGGGGCAAUUGGGUGCCUGCUGACCACAGAGACAAAGCAUCAGGUGCUGAYCUUGAAAUGUGGGUAAAGCAGUCAUUUUCCCUCAUUCAGCUUCUUGCCUUCUCUUUUUCUACCAUGUUGCUGGCUGACAAGGAGGGGUGGAGGGCAGCAGCCCUUUCUAGGGGCACAGCCGUCAUUCUUGGGGCCUGCCCAGCACCACCACUCCACAUGAAGGGUUUGGCAGAGUUGGACUCCCAGCUCGCUCCCCGCAAGGCGCAGCCUCAGCUGGCUCCCAGCAGAGCUGCCAAGGCAGC